GAAGCGGCCAAAUCUGUUGAUUGAUUCCCUCUGCUCAUUGCUUCUACUCCGCACCGAAUUCCUCCUCCCUCAUUCUUGAUGCCACAGUAAAGGAGCUUCGCAUUUGCAGCAAGUUGAGCGGCGACACUGUUUGGCCAGCGUUUGUCUCCCCCGCCCCCCUGCUUCUUUUUCUUCCCCUCCCUCCUAUAAAAAAUCUGUCCUCAAUGCUGGAAGAGAGCCACCACUUCAGCUCAAUGCCUUCCUCCUCGCUCGUCCUUCCCAUCCUCUUCCAGCUCUCUGCAUUCUGCCCGCUCGAGACGGACUUCAAUGCCUCCUUCUCUCGAGCUGUUGAGCGGGGACAUCCUCAUCAUCGCAAACCAGAUCCAUCACCACCGGCACCACCAGAGCACGGGAGUUAUGAUCAAACUGCAUUCUCCGAGUGUCUGGCUGCUCCCACAAGUCCCCUGUACAACGGAGGUGUUCUCAAAAACCCCGCAUUCGACGCGGACCUUCUCGGCUGGUCCCCAUUCGGGGGCUGCACUCUCAAGAUCCAGGUCCAAGGCAGGAACAAGUUCCUCGUUGCAACCAAUCGGAACGCUGGAUUUCACGGCCCCUCACAAGCCCUGGCGAAUCUUACGCAGGGGUCCAAGUACACUCUCUCAGCUUGGUUGCAAGUGAACGGUGGAAGUGAUGAUACCGCUCCUCUGGUCAAGGCCACCAUCAAGGCCAACGGGCAAUACAUUUCAGCCGGGAGCGUCGCAGCCAGGAACAAGUGCUGGACGUUCCUGAAGGGAGGAUUUAUUCCCGAGUUCAAUGCUUCAUCCGCCACUCUGUACUUCGAGGUGAAUUUAACGACCCUGUUUCUCUGUUCUCCGUUACCAAACGUGCGCAUUUGGUGUACCAAUGUCGUGCAGAGCUCCGAUCCGAAGGUUGACAUUUGGCUGGACAGUGCCUCGCUUCAGCCCUUUUCAGACGAGGAGUGGAGCAAGCACCAAGAUAUCAGCAUAAAAAAGAGCCGAACCAGAUCCGUGACCCUGAGUGUCACGGAUUGCAAAGGCCAUGGAAUCCACAAUGCAGACAUCCAAGUGGAGCAGAUCACUGGCGACUUCCCAUUUGGCUCAGCAAUUGCAUCCACAAUCCUGGACAACCCGACAUAUCAAAAAUGGUUCGUGACGCGAUUCAACACUGCUGUGUUCGAGAACGAGAUGAAGUGGUACUCUACGGAGCGGCAACAAGGCAAAGUCUCGUAUGAGACGGCCGAUAAAAUGCUGGAUUUCUGCAAAGCCAACAACAUUUUGGUCAGAGGGCACAACGUUCUCUGGAACGAUCCACAGUACCAGCCUGGAUGGGUGAAAGACUUGAGCGACUCGGAGCUGAGAACCGCCACAAUGUCCCGUAUAGAGUCCGUCAUGAGUCACUACGCUGGCAAGCUUCCACAGUGGGACGUUCUCAACGAAAUGCUCCACUUCAACUUCUUCGAGAGCAAGCUCGGCAGCAACGCGGCUGUGGAGAUCUACAAAUUCGCCCAGGAGAUCGAUCCUGAAACAACAUUGUUUCUCAACGAUUUCAACGUGAUCGAGGUACCACAGGACUCGAUGAGCUUACCCGACAACUACGUCCACAGGCUGCUCGAGAUGAAAGCCGCAGGAAUCAAAAAGCUCGGCAUUGGACUGGAGGGACACUUCUCCGGCAAGCCCAAUCUCGUUUACAUGCGAGCAGUCCUCGACAAGCUUGCGACGCUGGAGCUCCCAAUCUGGCUGACGGAAGUCGAUAUCAUGAACAGUGUUGACAGCGAAAACCAAGCAAUCUAUCUCCAGCAGGUACUCCGCGAGGCAUUCUCCCACCCAGCAGUGAAAGGAAUCGUCCUGUGGACGGCGCUGCAUCCCUACGGCUGCUACCGGAUGUGCCUGACCGAUCAGAACUUCAAGAACUUGCCCGCUGGAAAUACCGUGGACGUUUUCCUCAAGAACAUCCGGACAGUGGGGCUGAGCGGCACCACCGAUCACGAGGGGAGCUUCAGCUUCCAGGGAUUCCACGGCGAGUACGAGAUCUCUGUCACUCACAAUCGCACCUCCGUCAUCAAGCGCCUGGCGAUCGGCCCCGACACGGAUUCGCAGACGAUUCACGUGCUCGUCUCGUGAAUCGCAUCGAUCCCACCGGGCAGAGAUCGCGCAUUACUUACAAGGGCAGCAAAUCGGGUGUCGCGAAUCGGUGGCGGCUCCUCCUUGGAACCAAGAACGUCGCCCCAGCCAGACAAGAAAUAUAGAAAACCCUGGCGAAUAUGCCACUAGAUAUUCCAUUCGCAACGGCAAUAAGAUACCAUCGCAUAUUCUUAAUUUA